GGAGAAGGCAGUCCCCUUUGCUAUGGAGACGUGUACACUGCACUUCUCAAACAAACAUGGCUAUGUGAGAAGGACAAGUACAGGCCGUGAUAAUACGCUGCAGUGAUUGAACAGUGCUAGUGACAGUGUUACUACACUCACAGGCUAAGGCUCUAUCAUGCCUAUUCACUAUAUGCACAGCUGGCUGACAGUUUUACAUAUCUGUGAAUCUUUAACAAGUUUCAUAAGGAGUUCCAUUGAACUAGGAAUUUCUACUAGAUUUGUUUGUUAGUAGAUCUAAUAUUGGUCAUUUUAGAUCAUUAGAUACAAGGCUAGGAAUAUUAUAAUUGGAAGAUCCUACAAGAAAAUCAUCUAUGUAUUGGAUAGUCUAGGACUAAGAAUCUGCAGUAUGAUGCAAUCAAGAAUUUGCUUAUUAUUAAAGAGAGAAUAUCAAGAUCUUAAAGAGAACCAACUAUUUGGAAUUUCCGCAGCACCCAUCAGUGAUAAUUUAGUAGAGUGGAUAGCUAAAGUACAAGGACUGAAAGACUCAAUCUGGGAAGGAGCAGUUCUUCAGCUUGCUAUGAGAUACACAGAGAAGUACAAUUAUGAACCUCCGAGCAUUAAGUUUAAUACAAUUCCCUUUCAUCCGAAUGUGGAUCCGGUGUCUGGAAAGCUGUGCCUUCCUUUUCUGGAUAUUCCUGAGCAAUGGAACCCAUGUAUCACAAUGAGCAAUAUGUUACUAACCAUACAGGCCAUGCUUUCCAACCCAGUAUCAGAAAAUGCAGUUAAUCUAGAAGCUGCUCAGAUGUUGAAGAUCAACCCAUCAAUGUACAGGGCAGUUGUUUCAAACUGUGUGCGGGUCUGUCGUUUGAUUGAAUGUGGGUCUCUGCAAAGUUCUGCCACAGUAAGAAAAAUACAGGACGUAAACACUCCUACUGAGAAAAGAAAGAUAAAGCCCGUCUCGUUUGAAGAUUAUCAUAGAAACUGGACUGAGAUUGCAACAUCUAAACCUGCAGAAGAUUUAAACCAUCUGAGUUAUAAUGAAGCAACUUUCAAUACAGGAACAUCCUCACAGUGGAAUUACAACAAACAUUUAAUAAUCCAGAAUUCUGAAACAACCCCCAAGCAUAUCUUAUUAGAGAUGGAUACCCAGUUGCACACACUCUGCAGUUUAUCAGGUGCACGGCAUUUGACCACAGCAACCCAUAUGAAGGAGAAAGAGCAGUUGUCCAAAGGAGAGAGUUAUGUAAAGACUUUAAGCUCACACCAUGGAGUUGUGUCAGACAGAGAGCCCUGGGAAACAGAAGUGGACAAGCUGGUCGCCUGGACUGAUAGCCUUUGUAUUGAUUUAUUAGAGGAUUAAACAACAUAUUACACUAAAAUACACUGACAGGAGCUGCAAUGCACAGUAAAUUAGGCAGUUUUUUUCAUUUCUACAGCAGCCGAUAUGCAACCUUCAGUGCCUUUAAAACAUAAAACCCAUGAGAGGAUUGUCUCCCUGUUAGGGUAACUGUGUGUCAGUGUUCCCCAACCAGUGGCUUGUGAGCAACAUGUUGCUCCUCAACACUUCUUCCAUUUAAAUGUGGCU